CAGUUUACAUUAUGAUUAGUUUCAGUAGGAAUUCGUAGAUUAUAGAAGAUAAAUAUUUGAUAAUAUUAUUGCAUUCAUCUAAUUAAUGGCAUAGGUUGUAUUUCGAUCUGAUCUUACUAACUAAAACCACCGAUCAUGAAAUAUUCUAUUAAAGGUGCAUCGGUGCUGGUCGCGCUUCAUCAUUUGUUUUGUUUGCUGUAUAAUAAUAUUUUAUCCACAGGAAGCCCAAUUGAUAUAAAAGAAAUAAAAUCGAAGCAUAAUAUUAAAAAAGACGUAUCUUAAGCUACCAUAUUAGUCGAAGUCAAUAUAUACAAGGCAUAUACUAUUUUUGUGUCCUGCACCAAGAACAAGACGACUGAGAAGAUUGAGAAGUGCGGUGCCUUAUGUUUAAUAUCAAUACCGUACAUGCAAAAAAACAAGAAGUUGCACGACAGAGGAACACGAGAGGAAUGCAAUCACCAUUUACUAAGGUGCCACCUAGUGUGCUGUAUGUGGUGAGUGGUCAAGACGCUAGGAUGAUGUGGGACUACAAUGUUAGCAACAGGGACGCCGAAUUUGGUAGUUACUCACCCACUUGGUACUACAUAAAUGUGACGCAAAUACAGAUUGCUAAUGAGUAUAAGUGGAGUUCCCCUAAAUGGAAAUGGUCUAUUUUACCAACAUGUCCUGAUAGGCUGAAAGGCCGACUCCGUAAGGAAUCAACGGCUACUCUGGUCAUCUCGAGCGUCACCAUUACCGAUAGCGGGAUAUAUGAGUGCGGUCUUACAUUGACCUCUGGAUUGUACAUAUCUUCAAAAGUAGAAUUGUUCGUUACAGUACUUAUACCCAGUCCUGGACCACUGACGAGAGAAGUGGGACAAGAUGUGGUGUUCAUGAUUAAUAGUACAGCAAUGUCAGAAGCCACUUGGGGAGUACGAGAUGGUGACUCAAAUGACCUGAAUCCAAGACUUUACCGCGUAUUUAACCCUGGUAGUGCAUUUCCAGACACCAAGAUCAAUUCAACAAGUUACGCAGGAAGAGUCAGUUUUGUUGGUGAUCUGACAAAGGGUCAGGCUUGGUUCAAGAUAACAAACCUGAACAUUAAUGACACCAACCAGUACAAUGCGAGGAUAUUCCUGCAGGGAGAAUCAAGUUACAGAUUCAGUUCUACAAGACUUAAUGUAAUACAACAAGUUGCACCAGCCACUACAAUACCUCUACAGACAUCCACAAGAGAACUCAGCACUUCAGCUUUAAGCUCAAAAAUCUCUCCUCGGCCAACAUCGCAAGUGCCUCAAAUUUCAAACAGAAGCAUAUCAAUAAAAGUGGUAAAGGAAGUAUCUGGAAAUCUCAGUGAUGCAAACUCUGACGCUUUCAAAACCUUUAGCGAAAACUUUCUUUCUGAGAUCAACAUUGUCUAUAGAAAUUUCGAUAACUUUGAGGAAGCCAAGGUCACAAGAGUCAGUGAGAAUAUUAUUCCUGUGAAGUUCGUUGUUUUCUUCAAGAACACGAUAAAACCAGAUGAAAUAUGUGCUCCACUUAAAGAUGAAGUAAAAGACAAUAAACUUGGAAGUCUCAAGAUAGUACCUGGUUCAUUAGGAUGCUCUAAUGAACCCAGCUUCCCCAAGAAUCAAUCAAGUUCUGCUUGCACAUGCACCUCAAUCAUCGCGGCAUGUACAACUAUCAUCAUAUUCCUGAUUCUAGUUGUAGUGGUUCUGCUUUUCUAUAUUUGGAGAGGAAGAUCAAAUACCGGAAAAGGAGCAGAAAGCAGAGGGUCGUCAAACAUACAAGACAAGGACCUUGAAAGUUAUGAGAAUGUCCAUCAAGUGGAAGACACCUCACAAAGAACGACAACAAAAACAGCUCGAACGCGAAAUGAAAAAGAAAUUUAUGAAACGAUAAAAGAAAACAGAAAUAAAGACACAGCUGCGACAAAAGCAAAUGUGAAAUCCACGCGUGGACCUUCUGUCGACGCCCAAGGUGACGUACCUCCAUUGCCACAACAUUACCAAGACCUUCAAAUAAAGGCAACACAUCCGACCCCUCUGUAUGAGCCUCUGAAGCAACGCGGGGAUUUUGGUAGCAAAGGAGAGCUGACUCCAGAAGAUCCAAAAACAUACGAACAUCUGCAACAGAGUGCAUCAGGAAAAGAAUACCAGUCAUUGAAGCGUUAUAAGGAUAGCGAGAGUAAAGUGUGAUGCAAUAACUAUGCAGGUUGAAUACUUUCCCACACCACAAAAUAAACAAAUGUUAUUGAGUUUUAAUAUUAAAAUUGUUGCAGCACGCUAUCGCGUACCACCAUCAAUUUAAUAUCUAGUUGCAUUUAUUUACUAAAUAUUAAAGGUAAUAAGCUGCCAACCGUAUGGGAAUACAUUUUCUAUAUGAAUACACUUUUUCAUGUUCUGAAUAAAGGGAUAAUGCUAAUUAUUACCUAUUCAUAUCACGUGCAAAAGAAAAUAAAUAAAUAUAUUUCAGUUUUC